CCUCACUGUUGCAAGUAGACGCACAACGCUUGGUACGACGGACAAGAUUCCAUCCAGAAUUUCACCCUAGCAGAAGAUCAUUGUCCUUCUUGUACAGUAGAUUGAGCUCAGUACACUACUGUCGCUCGUCAUCGAACGUCUGCUCGCUCGAUAUUCGCGCGCAAAACGCAGUACGCUUCAGCCCGCUUUCGUUGCCUUCUCCUUCUUUUGCGUUCACGAAGCCUCGGUGCCUCUUCCCUCACCAAUUGCGACUCGCGACUACGACCGGACACUGCGGCUGUAACUGUUCGCGGCCUGAGUACUGCAGUAGAGCAGAACACUUGAAACUACAAAAACACAGCAUACAUGCGCCAAACGCCUGUUGCGACGUCUUCUUGCGACACAAGAGCUACCAGCUCACCUCAUUUUCUGUACUGGAACCAAGAGACAGCCUGAAAAGGUCGAUAAAACGGCCUCACUUGAUCUGCUGUUCGUACACCGUAUUGAACAACCGCCAAGAUGGGUAUCCCAGCCGCUUUUCGAUGGCUGUCCAACAAAUACCCCAAGAUCAUCUCGCCCGUCAUUGAGGAGCAACCGGUCAAGAUGGAGGAUGGCUCCGAGAUUCCAGUCGACACCACUGGACCAAACCCCAACGGUGAGGAGCUUGACAACUUGUAUCUCGACAUGAACGGUAUCGUCCAUCCUUGUUCUCAUCCCGAGGAUCGCCCGGCUCCCAAGGACGAAGAGGAGAUGAUGCUUGAGGUCUUCAAAUACACCGAUCGUGUUGUCAAUAUGGUACGCCCGCGCAAGCUGCUCAUGAUUGCCGUUGAUGGCGUCGCCCCCCGUGCCAAGAUGAACCAACAACGCUCUCGUCGAUUUCGAUCUGCGCAGGAAGCCCAGGAGAAAGAAGAGGAUAAGCAAGAGCUUCUUAAGCUGUUGAAACAGCAGAAUGGCGGUGUAGUGUCCGACGACAGUUUGGAAAGCGUCACGAAGAAGGCAUUCGACUCAAACUCCAUUACUCCCGGAACUCCAUUCAUGGAUAUCCUGGCGGCGAGUCUGCGAUACUGGUGCGCAUACAAGCUCAACACGGAUCCGGCUUGGGCCAAGCUCAAGAUCAUUAUUUCCGAUGCGACAGUCCCCGGCGAGGGCGAGCAUAAGAUCAUGAACUUUGUGCGGUCUCAGCGCAUAUCUCCCGACUUUGACCCGAACACGCGCCACGUCAUUUACGGUCUCGAUGCCGAUUUGAUUAUGCUUGGCCUCGCAACCCACGAGCCUCAUUUCAGAGUUCUGCGUGAGGAUGUCUUCUUCCAAGAUAGCAAGGCCAGGAUGUGCAAGCUGUGCGGCCAGAAAGGACACGAGGCUCGUGCCUGUCGCGGACAAGCCAAAGAGAAGGUUGGCGAAUUUGACGAGCAGGAGAAGAAUCUUGCUCUGAAGCCCUUCAUCUGGCUUCACGUCUCCAUUCUCCGAGAGUAUCUGGCCGCAGAGCUCAAUGUUCCAGGUUUGCCCUUCCGGUUCGAUCUGGAGAGAGCCAUCGACGACUGGGUCUUCAUGUGUUGUUUUGUGGGUAACGACUUUUUGCCUCACUUGCCAGCGCUUGAGAUCCGAGAAAACGGAAUCGACACCCUGACAGCUAUCUGGAAGGACAACCUACCCUUCAUGGGCGGUUAUGUCGUCAAGGACGGCCACGUUGACCUAGGUCGUGCGCAGCUUAUUCUCAAUGGCCUGGCAAAGCAAGAGGACGCUAUAUUCAAGAGAAGAAAAGAGACUGAAGAUCGGAAGGAGGCCAGCUUCAAGCGGAGAAAGCUGCAGGAAGAGCGCAACCCCAGAUUCGCCAAACCAAAACAAGUCGACAAUGCGGCAGCAGGCUUGACCUUGUUCCCAGCAGCAGGAGGCCCGAAUGGUAUCACCCACGAUAUGGUGGUUGGCCGCUCGUCCAACAUGAAUGCCAAUACUGCCAACAAGAGCGCCGCAAGCGCCAUUCGCGACCAACUCAAAGGCUUGAUGUCCAAAACAGAGCCUGGCCAAGCAGCCGACGCUGGCGAGAAGGCGAAUGGGGAGGUACCGAGCACUCUGGACCAGAAGUCUGUGCUUGGUAAACGAAAGGCCGAAGAGGCGGCAGCGCAGGCCGGCUCGACUCCGGCUACUGCGACGGGCCCAAGCACACCAUCUGCUGCCGAAGAAGCUGCAGUAGACCAUGUUAGGAUGUGGGAGGAGGGUUAUGCCGAUCGAUACUACGAGCAGAAGUUCCACGUUGACCGCAGCGACCACGAGUUUCGGCACAAGGUUGCAAGGGCCUACGUUGAGGGCCUGUCAUGGGUGCUUUUGUACUAUUUCCAGGGCUGCCCGUCUUGGGAAUGGUACUACCCGUACCACUACGCUCCAUUCGCCGCAGACUUUGUCGAUCUUGACAAGAUGGAGGUCCAGUUUGAAAAGGGCCGCAUCUCGAAGCCGUUCGAGCAACUGAUGAGUGUGAUGCCAGCCGCUUCUCGCAGUGCGCUGCCCGAGGUUUUCCAUGACCUCAUGUUGAACGAGGACAGCGAAGUCAUCGACUUCUACCCGACCGAGUUUGAGAUUGAUCUGAACGGAAAGAAGAUGGCGUGGCAGGGGGUGGCCCUUCUGCCUUUUAUUGAGAUGCCGAGAUUGUUGGCCGCCGUCGAAAAGAAGUACCCUCUGCUGAGUGCGGCAGAUCAGGCACGCAACGGUGUAGGCAGAGACGUGCUGCUUCUGUCAGAUGCCCACCACGAGUUGUACGAUGAGAUCACGACUGGGUUUUACUCCAAGAAGCAGGGGGCCCCCACUCUGAAACUCAACCCGCGGACUAGUGACGGGCUGGCCGGUAACGUCGAGAAAAUACCGGAUUAUCUGCCACACGGGGAGUUAGUGUAUCCCUUGGAGCGUGGAGGGAUGCCUAACCUCGACUACGACAGGUCCCUAAGGGUUUGGUACACAUUUCCAACAAGCACGCACCCUCACAAGUCUAUGCUACUGCGGGGUGUCAAGCCUCCGGCUCCGGCCUUGGACCGCAACGACAUAGAGACACUUAAAGGAAAGUCGAAUCGUUCCGGACGGGGCUAUGGCGGCGUCCCUUUCCAGCGCGGCGGCCACCACGACGGCGGUCGUCGGGGCAACUUCAGCUACGCUCCCGCCGGCGGGCAUGGUCGUCAAGACCGCGGACCCCCAUCUCACUCGAGCAACGGCAACUAUGGACAUGGACAACAUGGAUACCAGCCACCUGGACCACCACCGAUCCAGUCGUCGUGGCACCCUCCGCCGCCAGGGCACCCUGGGUUCGGCAUGGGACUUCCUCCGCCGCCGCCACCCGCGGGCUACGGUAACGAUGGGCGAGUAUCAAAUGGGUCGUACCGCGGAGGCGGCUAUGGCCAGAAUCAGAACUACGGGCCACCGCCACCGGGACCCAACUCUCACUACGGCCAUACUGAUGGAGGUCAGCAGGGAGGUCGAGGCGGCUACCAAGGCCGUGGUGGUUAUAGCGGUGGCCGUGGUGGUAAUUAUGGAGGAGGUGGCGGCGGCGGAAGAUAUAACGGCGGACGCAACAAUUACCGGUAGAUGAAGGACAGAAUUUUUGUGUGUCUGGCCGGGGACGGCCUUUGUAUGCGAGGAAGUCCCCCAUCCAGUAUGCAAGGGGCGGGGGCUUAGGAAACAUUGAUCAUUGUGUUCUGUACGAAUAGUGCAGACGGACACGAAUAGUUGUAAGCUGUUGAGAGAGAAAUGAUCGGUCUUGAGGAUGGGAGCCUACGACAAUGUGUGAGAUGUUUAACACAAUAAACACAGCAGCUGAGACGAUGUGUUUGUGUGGGCAUUAGAGACUGUUAGCCGAUGGUUGCAAAUUGAA